CAGAUCAGGACCCACUCAUCGCCACGUAUUGCGGGCAACAAAGAAAUCUUAUGGUAUAUUCUUCGGGAGAGAAUCUAUUCGUUCAGUUCAAUACACUGAAGAGGACGGCCGACAGUCAGAAUAGAGGCUUUUCGGGUUGGUUUGAGUUCAGCGAGCGUUUCGUUAAUCUCGGUUUCAUUGGUAAGAAUGAUGGCCAACAUAUUAAAGGCACAGAAUGUGAUCAAAAAAUAUUGAGCCGUAAAGAAUCAAACGGAACCGUUUAUUCGCCAAAUUAUCCAUUUUUAUAUCAUUCAAACAUUGUUUGCAAAUACUAUAUAUACGGACUCCAAGACUCACAACACUUGGAGAGAGUAAACAUAGAGUUUGAGAAAUUUGAGAUUCCGGCCACCGAUCCAAACGAUUGUACCGACGCUUACGUCCGGAUAUUCACUCAAAGUCACGAAACUGUCGAAGAAUUCGAUUUUGUAUUUUGCGGCCAAACUAUUCCACCGCCGGUCCUGUCGGAGGGGCCGACACUUGUGCUCGUCUUCAGCAGCGGCUCAACACAAGGACAGGGUUUCAAAGCUCGUUAUUUAUUCGAGACGGACUAUAAAGUGCCGGGCACUCCAUCCACACCCGGUCAGUGCCACUUCUCCUAUAUGAGCGAGAGUACUAAAAGCGGAGACAUUAAUUCACCCCGGUAUCCAAGCAAUUACCCGUCGAGCACUUACUGUGUGUAUGACUUUUUUGGUGAGCCGGGACAACAAGUGAAACUUGUGUUCAAUCACUUUAAAAUAAAUCCGGAUCCGGCGCUCGCUAUACCCGGAUAUAACGACGUCUGUCAGGAAGACUGGCUCGAAAUCUAUGAAGUGCUG